AUGAUGGCCGAGUCUCCCGCUUGGGGGCGGAACAAGCUCUUUAUCGCCGGCCGCGAGGUCGAGAGCAAUCACCAGGCAACGGGGUAUGCGCGCGCUGGGGAGCAUUGGGGGCGUGAUGGAACGAGCACGUAUUUCUAUAACGGGCAACGGACUGAGGCAAAGCAGCCUUACCCGCCCUGCUUGGAGAAGGCUGCCAGUAUGGUCGAGGACGCAGUGAACGCCUACUUGGACAGCGUACCCCGCUUUCCCCUCGAGUUCAAAGGACGAUGGAGGGCCAACGCAUGCGCAGCGAACCGCUACGACGGCGCUCAAGCGACUGUCGGAUUCCACUCUGACCAGAUGACCUACUUGGGGCCAUACCCCACCAUCGCGAGCCUGUCGCUCGGCACGCCCCGCGCGUUCCGCCUCCGAGCUGUGAACACCGCCGAUCCGGCGUUCGCCCCGGACGAGCCUCCGCGCACGUACGAGGUGACCCUUGGGAACAACUCGCUCGUGCUCAUGACUCCCGGGUGUCAGGAACGGUACAAGCAUACAAUUCCUCCUCAGCGCGCGCUCGACACGUUUCGAAUAGGGUGGGACACGGACGGUAACUCUAUUCCUGUGGAGGAGCAGACCGCGUACACAUCCCGCAUCAAUAUCACUUUCCGGUAUGCCCGUGUGUUCGGGUUGUGCUGA